UCAGGCCACCAGAAUAGAGAGAUGCCGUCUAUUCCCGCAAUUGUGGCCUGUCAGUUCCGUCUACGUCCCCCAACAACCGAAUAUAAUAUACAGCAGACAGGUACGAUUACGACGAUUUACUGACCGAGGAUUACCUCAAUGGACAAACUGAGUAAAAAGAAACAAAAAAUCAGAUCAUUGUUUACUUGCCGGUUCAAUGCAAUGACUUCCUCUCACCCAUCAGUAUCCGGUCCACAGCCGAAUUCUGAAGCCUCUUGGCGGAACUCGUCCGACGGCCGAACCGAGCGUUUCCGUGGGGCGUCCCGAGGAAAAGGAAAGGUUGGGAUACCUUCUUUUCGUUCGUCUUGGAUAACGGCGGCGCCCGCAGACGCUAUCUCUUUCUCCGUCGUUAUCGUUCAGCCCGUUAUCAGAUUAGUUAGUACCUAUUCGUUGCUUGAAGAAGGGUGUUUGUCAAGCAAUUUCCCCUCGUUCUCCCCGCAUUAUUGAUUCGUUCAGUUUCCAAGUUCCCACCAUCUUUGAUUCCGAAAUCUGAACCGAUGUGUAGAUGCAGAUGCAGUUGUUCCAAGAUGGGUAAAGUGUAUAGUAAUUGAUGAGCUGUGACUGCCUCAGCCUCCCCACAAUCGUACAGAUCGUGACCAAGCGGCAGUGCGAGAUUUCUGCGG